AUGCUUCAGGCCUUGACAAACCCUGAGCGUGCUAGCUAUGACACCCUUCAGGGGGCCUUGGAGAGGUGGAAGGCCUUGCGGUCAAGGUACGACCGGAAGAAGGAUCAGUUCGGCUCACGAGAGGCCCUGCCGGAGUCUCUCGCGAUGAGCGCCUUAGAGAAACUGGUCCCGAAGGAGCUUGAGACCCACCUCAUGUUGAACUACGCCCGCUUCAAAACCUUUGAGGAGAUGGAGAGAGAGGUGAUCAACUUCAUGGAGGCGAAGACAGGCUCUCGCAUGGUGGUCAGCUCAAACUUCGCAAAGCCGUCAGGGGGCAACUCUGGCCCAGUGCCCAUGGACGUGGACAGCCUCGACAAGGUCGUGUCGGGCAACCUCGCUUCGAUAGUGAAGAAGGGAGGAAAAGGUGAUGGCAAAGGGAAUGCCAACAAGAUCAAGUUUGAUGGGACCUGCGACAACUGUGGCAAGUAUGGCCACCGUAAGCAUGAUUGCUGGAGUAAGCCCACAGGAGCAGGCAAAGGAUCUACAUCCAGGAGUCCGACAUCGAGCCCAAAGAAGGAGGUGAAGUUCACUGGAACCUGCAAUCAUUGCGGGAAGCCAGGGCACAAGAAGGCAGAGUGCUGGGCGGCUCAGGGAAAGGGGAAAGGAGGAAAGGAGCUCAAUACGCAGUGGAAGCAGAAGAACAUCGACCUUGAGGAGUCAGAGCCAUCGAACAUCAACCAGGACAAGAUCGACCAGAAGAGGAGAGGAGAGUUCGGCGGCAGACAGGUCGCCGACGUCCACAAGAUCCUGGUGAGUGCAGCAAAGUUGCACGAGAAGGGACACACAUCAUGGAUUGUGCCUGGUGGUGGAGAGAUCAUUCCCUUGAACCAUCCGGUGAGCAAGGCCAUGAUUGCUGCCUAUCACAAGGCGGUGGACGAGUUCGGCAAGAUGGGCAUCAUUCCCGACCGGAAGACCGGGAUGAUGAUGGCCACUGCCCUCAACCAGAAGGGCGCGGUGGACACGACAGGACAGAAGUUGCUCACGAGGUUCCUGGAGCUGUUGGGCUACAAGGACAUCGUGCUGAAGAGUGACGGCGAGCACUCGUUGGUGAGGAUGAAGAAGGCGGCCGGAAGGGACGCCAAGAAUUUGGUCAAGACCAUUUGUGAGGAGAGCCCUGCUGGAGAUUCGAGAGCGAAUGGAGAGGCAGAGGCUGCAGUGAGAGAAGUGAAGUGGAGGAUCAAAGCCGUCCACUUGAUGUUGGAGAAGAAGAUUGAGGGUGGCUUGCCAGGCAAGAAAUGGAUUAAGCCUAUGCCGGUCUUCGGUGAGAAGAUCUUCAUCAAGCCGGCAGGGAAAGGCAAGAAGUCAGAUGCCUCAAAGAUGAAGGAGGCCCGGUUCCUUGGGUGCCACAAUCGCUUUGGCAGCGUGUUGGGCAUGACCAAGGAAGGCGUCUUGGUGGGCACCGGAUUUCACACGGUGGCUGAAGGGGAGAAGUGGGGACCAUUGGAGUUGGACUUGAAGGGGGCCCCAUGGGAUGUCCGCGCCUAUGUUCGAAGGUUGCCUGAUGAACCCAUUCCAGCACCUUCGACGCCAGCCGUGGUGGUGGUUCCUUCGACCCCUAUGGCAGCUCAGGGACUUCCUGGAGAUGCAGGCCUGACCUCAAGCGCACCGAGGGCAGAGGAGGAGGCUCCGGCGGCGACGACAGAGGCUGAGGUUGGAGGACCGAGCACGAGUCCACAGACGCCGACGGCCACGAGAGCAUGGCCGGUGAGGAGGGAGCACCUUGUGAAGUUUGGGCGCACUGCAGAGUGCCCGGGGUGCCUGUCGAUCCUGAAAGGAGCAGGAUUCCAACAAGUGGCUCACAACGAGGCUUGCAGAUCGAGGAUCAAGAAGCGCUUGGUUGAGGAGCAGCAGGCAAAGGCCGAGGAGACCAAGAGGAGACUCUCGGACUUCAAGCGGGACAAGAAGAUGGUGCAAGAGAUGAUCGAAAGGAAAGAUACCUACCUGGUGCAGAGCCCAAUGUGCAAGUUCGGCAUGAAGAUGGACAAUGAUGCCGGAGAACGGUGCUAUGUCCGCAAAGAGACUUUGUGGCUGACGAACUCCAAGCACAUCGCAGAGGAGCUUGAAGGAGUGUGCAUCAACAAGCUCAAAGGGCGUGAAGUUCAUCGGCAUGUGCACCUCAUUGGCCGGGAUCGUGCCAAAGCAGCUCAAGUGUACCCAGUUCCGCUGGUGGAAGCGAUCCUUCGAGGUUUGAAGAAGGAGCUGGUGAACAAUCAGGCACUGAGCGCGGUGGAGGAGCUUCUCAAUGGACCAUCGCCCGACAAUGGCAAUGAGAUGGACAUGGAGCUAAAGCAGUGGGAGGAGGAGCAGUACAUGGAUGAUGUGUCGGGUGCAUUGCUCGACCCUGAGUUGGUCAAGAAAGCCCGGGAGCUAGAGUUGCAGUGGCUGAAGAAGGAAGAAGUCUACAUCCGAGUUCCUCGGAGGGAGGCCACCGGAAAGCUCCUGCAGUGGAAGUGGAUUGAUGUCAACAAGGGCGACAAUGAGAACCCGUUCGUGCGCAGCAGAAUGGUGGCCAAGGAGAUCAAGAAGGCCAAGCCGGUGGAGAUGCAACUUGGUGGAGCAGACACUUUCUCCGCUACUCCACCGAUUGAGGCUGUGUACACCCUGCUGAGCGCUUUCAUGUCCAAGGACCCCAAGAAGGGCGAGCUCAAGCUCGCGAACUGGGACAUCUCCCGUGCCCAUUUUAUGGGGCGUGCUGCACGUGACAUAUUCAUGGAGUUGCCGGAGCAGGACAUGGUGCCAACCGACCAAGAACCCAUGGUCGCGAAGCUCAUGCGGAGCAUGUACGGGACCCAGGAUGCGAGUAAAAUCUUUCAGGAAGAUUAUCAAGAAUGGCUGAAGCAGAACGGAGGAACAUUCUGCCCGCUGUGUCCAGCCAUCUUCAGGUUUGAGGAGCGUGGACUACUUGGACUGGUCCACGGCGACGAUUUCCUGGUGGUGGGUGAAGAUGCUCAGCUUCGCUGGUUGGAUGACAUUCUCAACAAGAAGUACACGGCGAAGUGGGAGAACCUCGUUGGGGAUGGACCUGGCGACAAGAAGUCAAUGACCUUCCUGAAUCGCCUCAUCAAGUACAUCCCAGAUGGAACGGACCAAGGAGGACGACGCCUUGAGAUUGAGGCUGACGCACGGCACGCUGAAAUCCUGUUGAGAGAGUUUGGCUUCAACAAGUCAACAAAGGGAUGUGACGUGCCGGAGGACAAGAUGACGCAGGCCGAGUUGGUGGAGGCAGAUCGGCAGCCAGUCCUUGAGAGCAAGCAGGUGAGCCUCUACCGAUCUAUGGUGAUGAGGAUGGCCUACAUGAGCAGCGACCGUCCAGACCUAUGCCAUGUGGUGAGGACCUUGGCAUCAGCGAUGAAGAGCCCCAAGAUGGUGGAUUGGCAGCGGCUCAAGAAGGCCGUAAGGUACUUGGUGAAGGUGCCGUACCCCAAGAGGGUCUUCCAUGAGCAGCCCAUCGAGAAGUUCAGUGGUGGCCUCGUGAAGGGCAUCAUGGCUUUCUGGGGGUUCGAGACCCAGAAGGUGAAGUUGAUGGUGGACAGCUCGGCAGCAAAAGCAAUGGCCGAGCGGAAAGGAGUGGGAGUGAAUCGGCACGUUCAAGCUCGCUACCUCUGGCUCCAAGACAAAGUCUUCAACAAGGAGCUGGAGGUGAACAAAGUGCCGGGCAAGAUCAAUGAUGCAGAUCUUGUCACGAAGGUUCAGCCCAAGUCGGUGAUCUUGGCACACUUGGCACGGCCGGGCUUUGAAAACAGCGGAAGAGAAGGGCAUAAGGGCUUAACUUGA